GGGUGCCAAUCUCAGGGGCAGCUCCGGUUCCCUCCCCGCCCCCUGCUCCUAUUCCUCCUCCUGACCCUUGUUCUCUUGGCUCUCUGGGCAGUUUCUCCAGGACUCAGCAGUGUCCUCUGUCCACUGCUCUGGGCCAUUCCCCACCCCACCCCCACUGUGAGCCCCUAACUCAAGAUUCGGGACCCAGGGGCUCCUCCCUACCCCAGCUAACUUCUCCUGGACCAGGAGAGCCGGCCCACAUCCCACUACCUCCAUGAGCGCUGCAGACAGGAUGGGGGCCAGAGCUGUGCAGGGCCUGCGACUGGCACUGCUGUUACUGCUGGUGCUAGGGACCCCUAAGUCAGGGGUGCAGGGGGAGGAAGGGCUGGACUUUCCUGAGUAUGAUGGUGUGGACCGUGUGGUCAAUGUCAACGCAAAGAACUACAAGAAUAUCUUCAAGAAGUAUGAGGUGCUGGCACUGCUCUACCAUGAGCCCCCGGAGGAUGACAAGGCCUCACAGAGACAAUUUGAGAUGGAGGAGCUGAUCCUGGAGUUAGCAGCCCAAGUCCUAGAAGACAAGGGUGUUGGCUUCGGGCUGGUGGACUCUGAGAAGGAUGCAGCUGUAGCCAAGAAACUAGGACUAACUGAAGAGGACAGCAUUUAUGUGUUCAAGGGAGAUGAAGUCAUUGAGUAUGAUGGCGAGUUUUCUGCUGACACCCUGGUGGAGUUUCUGCUUGAUGUCCUAGAGGAUCCUGUGGAAUUGAUUGAGGGUGAUCGAGAGCUGCAGGCAUUCGAGAAUAUUGAGGAUGAGAUCAAACUCAUUGGCUACUUCAAGAACAAAGAUUCAGAGCAUUACAAAGCCUAUGAGGAUGCGGCAGAGGAGUUUCAUCCCUACAUCCCCUUCUUCGCCACCUUCGACAGCAAGGUGGCAAAGAAGCUGACCCUGAAGCUGAAUGAGAUCGAUUUCUAUGAGGCCUUCAUGGAAGAACCUGUGACCAUCCCAGACAAGCCCAAUAGCGAAGAGGAGAUUGUCAACUUCGUGGAGAAGCACAGGAGGUCAACCUUGAGGAAACUGAAGCCUGAGAGUAUGUAUGAGACCUGGGAGGACGAUCUGGAUGGAAUCCAUAUUGUGGCCUUUGCAGAGGAAGCCGAUCCUGAUGGCUAUGAGUUCUUAGAAAUCCUCAAGUCUGUGGCCCAAGAUAACACUGAUAACCCUGACCUUAGCAUCAUCUGGAUUGACCCUGAUGACUUCCCCCUGCUGGUUCCAUACUGGGAGAAGACAUUUGACAUCGACCUGUCAGCCCCACAAAUAGGAGUCGUCAAUGUUACUGAUGCGGACAGUGUAUGGUUGGAGAUGGAUGACGAGGAGGACCUGCCUUCUGCUGAGGAGCUGGAGGACUGGCUGGAGGAUGUGCUGGCAGGCGAGAUCAACACAGAGGAUGAUGACGAAGACGAUGAUGAUGACGACGAUGAUGACUAGUUGCUGUGGCAACCAUCUCCCAGCCCCGCCUGCUCUCCUCAGGCUCCCUCCUGCCUUCCCUAUGCUUCCCUGAGCUCCUCCAGGGACACCAGGUCAUUCUCUGCCACAGGGCCCAUUGGGGUUUAUAUGCUGAGUGCUGAGACUCUGAUCCCCCUCACCUGAUGAAGAAAGGAGCUACUUUUCCCUACAUACCAGCCCAGCUAUCUCAUCUGACUUCUGUUUCCUGUCGCACAAUGUCCCUGUAUCUAGUAUUUGUUUCCUCCAUCACUCCCUACACUCUUUCUUGUGAUUUUCCUCUUGCCAUAUCUGUGGGCCCCCAUCUUGAUUCUGUUCCCUCCACUUGUGCACACUCUCCCCUGACUCUCUCAAAUCCUAUAUCCUUCUGACUGUCCUAUCCCUGGCCAGGAGGAAGGGGGGGUACUUUGUCUGGGGCUGCAUCUCACCAAUCUCUUGUUAAUGUAUUUGGGUCAAAUGAGAGGCCUCAAUAAAGGAUCUGGGGCAGCAUGA